AUUGAUGCUGCUGCGUGUGGUGCUACAACAAGCUGUACGCUGAUCGUCCCUUACAUAUGCAAUAAGUGAUCCUGAUCGACCGGUAAAUCAGUUACACAUUAGACUUCAAGUCCCAUAAAAACGAUCCUUGAGCGCCAGAGGGCUAGGAGACAGAAUAUAUAUUUCCAUCUUAUUCCCCCAAGAUGCCUCUUAAAGAAGCCCAAGAGCACAUACCGGGUAGUGAAGCAUACAAAUUUACCUUACUACUCCAUCCCUCCUCUCCAAAAAAUAAAAACAAAAAUAAAUAAAACAAGGCCGAGAACCAAAGAUUCCCAUCCAAGAGAACAUAAAAUGGGCAACACCACUGCCACUGUCCCCGUACGAUUCGAAUUCUACAUUCUACGCUCCAACACCAAGCUCGAGUUCGUGCACCAAUUCCCCAAACAUUUCGUCGGUGUCGGGGAUCCUUAUGGCCAAAGCACCGAUCUUUACGGUCAAACAAGUACUACGAACAACACUACAUACGUCCAAGAGUUUCAAAAAGCAGCAUAUGCGAUUCUGAGAGAACACAAGGACGAGCUCCCUCCGACGUCGGAUCCAGCAUGUGAAUUCUGUGGCGGGCCCACGCAGAAAGUGGUCCAUUUGCUCUCGUGGCUUUAUAACAUCGCGGAUCCGUUCAUCGUGGCGUGGAUCCCGAAUGCGUGCGAGAAGAGAGAAUGCGUUUCUAGGGCCCACGCGCAGAUGCAGGCCAAAGUCGGACAACGGGACGUCUAUGCGCGUCUGUUUCGGGAAACAGAUUGGAAGACACGGUCGAAUAGAGGGUGCUGUGCGGCGUGUGGAACUACGAAGGCGACGAAAAGGUGUGCGCGGUGUAAAAGGGUGUGGUAUUGUAGUAGGGUGCAUCAGAAGGUAGAUUGGAAGAGGCAUAGAGAGAUUUGUCAGGUCGGUUGAGUGCGGAACUGUUUUUUUUAUUUGAAGUGGCUUGGUUUUUUCUAUUCGUAGGGGAGGUAAUAAGACUAAUGUGAGACUUUGUGGCAUUGAAACACCGUUUUAAUCUAGUUCUCAGGGAAUAAAGAAUUAAUAGGUUACAGGUGGUCCU